AUGGCUGAUCAGCUUGUUGUUGUCGGCCUAGCUCCAGUAUCGUUUGAUAGCUUGAAGAGGUUGCAAGUGAAGCUGAAGGGAGAGGAGGGUGACGAUGAGGAGCAAACACAGAAAGGUCCCCAAACACAAGCAUUGAAAGAACGACUUCUGGAUCUCCUAGUAGGACCUGACGUUGCCAUAGAGAUCGUUGAAGAUUCAGUGCUGGAUGUGAUAUGCACUGAUUCGAUGAAGAAGGCCGUCAAGAAAACUCUGAAGAAAGAGAAGAAAUCAAUGAAUAUAUCAGUGAACAAGAAGGUUGAUGACGUAGUGGACCACGAGGUGCUUCGGAGCUGCUUGGAAAAACUCUGCGAGGGCUCCCUAAUUGGCAAAGGCUGGUCAGCUUGCAAGAAUGGCUUGUAUUUGCUUUCGAAUCUCAGGUGUGGCGACGAUAAUACACCCGCGCACUCCGUCAGACUGAGCAUGCACUUGGAGACUCCAAACAAGAUUGUCUUGGUCCUACGGCCAGACGUCAUCAAAUUCCAUCACAUGAAGAUUAUUGAUGUAUUGCCAACGGACUUCAGAGAGAAGUUUUCCCAAGGAAAACCUGUGGAUUUAGAGGAGUGGAUGGAUACCCAACUAGAAGAAACGUCUUCCCGAUUUCGCUGCUUUUGUAUCCCAAACCUUGAACAUGGUCAAAUUAUCGGUUGCUCUAAGGACGAUUCGAGUUCUGGUCCCAACACUGAAUCCAGGACCUACUGGCGAAAGAGAGGAAUCGAGAUUGGAGACGACUUUUUUACUGUGACGAUCAAACUAGAUCAUGGUGAAAGGCUGAGGCUGCCUUCCGCAUGUGUCCUCACUGAGGCUGGAUUUAUGCCAGUCCCAGGAACAAUACGAUCAAGGGAGAUGCAAUCCAUGUUUGCGAGCAUUGGAUCUGAUUUCUCCUUCACUUUUUUUGGGGCUGGGAAUGUGCAAUUUAAGAACACAGAAGCGGGCUCGUUGCCAGUCAUGGUCCAAACCACCGCAUGGACAACAGCUAAAGGGAUUGCUGGAUUAUCCUCGGCUGAUGCGUUGUCAGCCCGAAGCCUCGUGUUUUCUCGGCCUUCACUUUCGGGCUUUCGACGGCCAAAGCCCGCCCUCCCUAUUAUCCGCGAGCCACCAAAACCUGUCCACAGUGACAUUCAAACGGAUAAGAAUGACGACGAGCCAGCUGAGGAGAGACCAGAGUUGGUAAAGAAACCAGAACCCGUGCCAGCUGUUGUCAAGCUAUCCAUACCCACGUUUACAGCAUGGAAGCAGCGAGUCAGUUCAGCAAACUGUUCGUCUUCUUCGGGGGUAUCAUCAAAACUAACGAAGUCUUCCACUCUCAACACUAAGGAUGCUUCGUUGAAGCAGUCAUCUGCCGCUGCCUCCACAAAGGAGAAAAAGGAGCCAGCGGUGUCUGCAGCAAAAAACAGGAAGUUGGAUGUAGAUAAGCCACCACCGAAGAAAGCCAAGACAUCACAUAUGCCUGGAAAGGCUUUGGAUUCUUCCAAUCAAUCAAAGACUCCUGGCAAGAAGAAACCAGAGGCAAAGCCCGAAGAUGAUGACAUCUCCACCUUUGUGAAGGGUAAGUUUAAAGAAGGGAAGCUGAAGGAUAUUACCCUUCCAAGGUUGAAAGCAUUCAUCACCUUGCACAAGCUAGGAAAAGUCAGUGGGAAGAAAGAUGAGCUCCUCCUGUGUGUUGAGAGGUUUUUAACUGCAGUUUAG